AUGCAAAAGUCUUGUGAAGAAAACAAAGGAAAAGUACAAAACAUGCCAAAGGCCGAGGAAGACCACCGUUCAGAAGAUAUACCACAGGGGGCAGAAGGCAAUCUUCCGCCUUCCGAAGAAGGUGUCAGCCAGGAAGCGGAAGGAAACCUUAGAAGCGGGCUGGCUCAACCUGUGCAGGCAUUCAAAGAGGACACUCCCAUUAGGCAUUUGGACCCUGAAGAAAUGCUAAGAGGAGUAGAUGAGAUGGAAAGGCAUCCGGAAGACAUAAGAAGAGUAAGAAACAAGUUUGUGAUGAUGCAUUGGAAGCAAAGACAUUCACGCAGACGACCUUAUCCUGUGUGCUUUAGGCCUUGAAUUCUUUUUUUUUUUUUUAAUCUGAUAGUAAAACCUGGCCCCUGCUUUCUGUUAGCAUAUUCUGAUGUAUCUUUUACCU